CCAACAAUCAGUUACCGCAAAAUGGAGUAUAAAUCGUCAGGAUAUUAAUUUUUUACGUUCCCGAGACUCGUUCACACUCCCCGUCAUUACGUUAUAAUUAUUGUUCGUUAAUUUCUUAAUUUAAUAGUGCAAGAUUUUAUAAGUCUUUAUGGUCAUCGACUACCAGUGGGAGAAUCACUUGCUCGUCGUAGCCGACUUAUAUCAUCAAUUUUUCUGGCAAAAUUGAAGAUUCACUAGGACAUAAUAAAGGCGAAAAUGGUUCGGGCAGCGCAAAUCGCUGUUUGUACCCUCAAUCAGUGGGCUAUGGAUUUUGACGGUAAUUUCCGGCGAAUUUUACAAAGUAUACAGAUUGCCAAAGAUGCUGGUGUUACCUACAGGAGUGGUCCAGAGCUCGAGAUAAGUGGUUACAGUUGCGAAGAUCAUUUUUACGAAUCAGAUACGCUUCUUCACUCGUGGCAGGUGUUGGCUAGCUUAUUGAAGUCUUCGAUUUGUGAGGACAUUCUAAUUGACGUCGGUAUGCCGGUUAUGUACAAAAAUGUCACCUACAAUUGUAGAGUAGCUUUCUUAAAUCGAAAAGUAUUACUAAUUAGGCCGAAAAUGCACCUGUGCGAGGAUGGCAAUUACCGUGAAAGAAGAUGGUUCUCACCUUGGACGAAAGAAAAAACUGUAGAGGAUUAUUUUCUUCCAAAAGUAAUUGCCGAGAUAACAAAUCAAAUCACCGUGCCAUUCGGAGAUGGUGUUAUCGCAACAAAAGAUACUUGUAUAGGUUUUGAAAUUUGUGAAGAAUUAUGGAAUCCGUCGAGUAAACAUAUUUCUAUGUCACUCGAUGCGGUCGAAAUAAUAUCAAAUGGCAGUGGAUCAUAUUUUGAGCUUCGUAAAGCAAAUGUAACAGUCGAUUUAGUGAAAUCGGCCUCUUUCAAAUCUGGUGGAUGCUAUAUGUUUAGUAAUUUGCGAGGCUGUGAUGGUGCAAGAGUAUACUUCAACGGUGGUUCGAGUAUUACAUUAAAUGGAAAAAUUCUGAAUCGUGGAAAGCAAUUUUCUUUAGAAGAAGUGGAAGUUGUCAUAGCAACUAUCGAUGUCGAUGAUAUUCGGAGUUACCGGAACAGCAUUCGCUCUCGAUCUCAUUUAGCUGCAAAGUCCGAUCCUUAUCCAAGAAUUCACGUAGACUUUUAUUUAACAUCAGAACGAUUUUAUGAACAUUCACUGAAUAAACUACUUCAUUUGACUGACGAAGAUACGGACAAUUCGCUAAUAUUGUAUCAUUCACCCGAAGAAGAAAUUUUAUUGGCCCCUGCUUGCUGGCUUUGGGACUACCUCCGGCGAUCCUGUCAAGGUGGUUUCUUUUUGCCAUUGAGUGGUGGCGUUGAUUCGGCUUCCACCGCUUGUAUAGUUUAUUCAAUGUGCUGUAUGGUCGUUGAAUCUAUCGAAGCUGGAGACAUGCAAGCACUUAUAGACAUAAGAAAAAUAGUCGGACGUCAGGAUUAUAUACCCACAGAUCCAAAACAGCUGUGUAAUACGAUUCUCGUAACUUGUUACAUGGCUACUGAAAAUUCUUCGGUCGAAACAAAAUUAAGAGCAUCGAGUCUCGCUAGCGAAUUGGGCACUCAUCAUGAGAGUAUUGUCAUUGAUUCUGCAAUAUCCGCUAUUUUAGCUAUAUUUUCCCAAAUAACGAAAUUAAAACCAAAUUUCAAGGCUAAGGGGGGCUCACCAAGAGAAAAUUUAGCUCUUCAAAAUCUUCAAGCGAGAACUCGAAUGGUUAUCUCCUAUUUGUUUGCACAAUUAAUGCUGUGGGCCCAAGGUAGACCGGGCGGUCUUCUCGUUCUUGGGAGCAGUAACGUCGACGAAGCACUCCGCGGAUAUUUUACGAAGUACGAUUGUAGCAGUGCCGAUUUAAAUCCAAUUGGCGGAAUUGCUAAAAAUGAUUUAAGACGAUUUCUUAAAUAUUUUCGGGUGAAAUACAACAUUUCCUCUAUCGAUGAUAUUUUGAAAGCACCACCGACUGCCGAACUGGAACCACUUGACAACCAACAAUUACACCAACUCGAUGAAACCGAUAUGGGGAUGACUUACAACGAAUUAGGAAUUUUUGGUCGCAUCAGGAAACAGUAUUACGCUGGACCAUAUUCCAUGUUUUGUAAACUCGUCCACGUGUGGCAUCACAUUCAUCCCAGAGAAGUUGCCAAUAAGGUCAAGCAUUUUUAUCGUUGCUACGCAAUUAAUCGUCAUAAAAUGACGAUUUUAACACCGUCAUGUCAUGCGGAAACAUAUAGUCCAGAUGAUAAUAGAUUCGACCAUCGACAAUUUCUCUAUAAUCACACGUGGAAAUGGCAAUUUCAAGCAAUUGAUAAAAAGGAGCUGCAAUUGUCAAAGGAGAAAUUCACACCAAAAAUUAAAAACGCCUCUGAGAGAUUGUCUUCAACAACUAGAUUUCUGCCAGUCAGCCCUGUUGAUACGACCGAGUUGAAACAUAUAUAAAUUUUCUGACAGGCUUGGUUAUGUG